AGGACAUCAUCCUCCCAGGGGAAUGAAGAAAGAGAGGAGAAGGCAGCCAAGCUCGCACAGAGCCUGCUGAGCUCUCCCGGGGACUGCUCGGGGCAAUCCUGGCAGCCGAGCAAAGUUUCCCGAGCUCGGUGAAGAGAGGGAAGGAGGCAUGUGAGAUCCUGCUCCUCCGAGCACGCAGCUGGGCUUCCAGCCCCGGCAUUGCUGGCUCUGGCCAUGGCUUUGUCAUCCCCGACUGGAGAGUGAAGGGGAGACCCGGGCCACCCGCUCUCUCCAUCGCCCUUCCCGGCUCCACACUCCAGCCGAGGGAUUUCAAGACAGCAGGAGAUCAGAGUCAGCCUUCUCAAUACAGUGUACACCCUGUGAGACUCACCUCAACAUGUUCAGCGAAAAGAGCAGUGCCUCUUUGCCCCAGAAGCCCAUCCAGAAAAAGACACGACCUCAGGGUCUCCCUUCCCCUGCUCUCUGCUGCGCUUGUGGACUUUGCAUCAUGCUGGCAGGAAUCAACAUCACUUUAGUGGGAGCAUUUGCCUUUGGGACCUUCCUUCCUGUGAACAACCCUCCCAUCAUCAUUGGACCCAUCCUGUUGGUGGUGGCUUUCACAUUCUUCGGUGCCUGCUGCAUCUGCAGCCGGAGGCCCCCAGCUCACGGGGCCAGGAAAUCCAAACCAGGUUCCAACAUUGGGCUCAUCAAACCUGGCAACACAGCCUUUGAAAUUGAAACUAGUGAGCACACGGUGCAGGACACCACUGCUGUUCAGCUGAGCCCCACAAAUUCCCCCAUCUCCUCCAAAAAGUCCACACCAGUUCAUGAGAAUGCGAAGACUUGCAAGCUCUUCACCAUGGAAGGCAACGGGCCAGUGGCCAAGUACACCACAGGAGGAGAGGCAAUACAGCUCAACUUGCCCAGGGACCUGGCUGCAUCCUAAAGCCAGGCAGAGUUUUGAUAGCAACCAUCCAGAUGCUGCAAUGGGUGAGCUGGAGAUCCAUGAUGUACCAUCAGCCAGAGGCAUGGGGAAGGUGCUUGUGAAAAGCCAGCAGACAGAAAGGUCUCUCUGAAUCGCUUUAAGGAAGAUGGAUGCAGCAGCAGAAGAAAUCUGGAUUUUUUGAUGAAAGGAACAUGCCCAUUACCUGGCUUUAAGAAGAAAAUGAUAUUGCUGUGAAAGGAUGACUUUUGGCUCCCAGGAAUAGACUGGCUUUUUUGAGGAGCAGAUAGGAAGAGAGGAAUGGAUUAAUUUGUCUAACAUAAUGUGGAAAUAUGAUGGCUGGAAGGAGGAGCUACAUGGGGCUGACAAAUGACAGCUUUUUCUUCUCAGAAGUGAAGAUAUUCUUGAAAGCCAAAGAAGCAGGAAUGCAGUAAAUUACAGCUUGUUGCCACUCAGUCACAAGAAGAUUUCAGCAUUUUUAGUGCCAGGCUUUUUGGCAGUAGGGACAAAGCUGUGUGUUUGCUAUUGAAAAAGCAGUGUGAAACAAUCUCCUCUCUGUUGAAAAUUCUUGCUCCACCUUGCCUUCAUUUGGGUGACUUUACCACCUAUUUUAAGAGACAAUGAAUCUCAAGGAUUGCAAUUAGCACUGGUGUUUUCCUCUUCUUUCCAUCAGGUUGGGCUGCAGCUGUGCUGCUCUGUGCAGUACAUAUCUUGGAAGGUCAACCAUGCUGAAUCCUUGAGGACAAGCUCUUGGAGUAACUAGAGGCUGGCAGGAGCCUGCAAAUGGAAUCUUUGAGCAAUUAUUAUGAACUGAAUGCUAGGCAGCUUCAUUUCCAUCUUUUUGUGGAAAGCUGGCCUUGGAAACACACAUCAGCUUGAGGCAGGGGGCAAAUAACUAUAUGGGCCUCAGGACAGCUGUGCUGGAAGGUAAUAAUUGUUAUCUCCUUCCACAAAGUGGUUACGAGAUCCAUUGCACAGAGUGGGCAAUCAGGAAUGGAUCUCCUUGCUGCAGGAAACUGGCUGCUCAAUGUGCUCAUGCACUUGAAAAGCAAUGGAAUGAGUUUGCAGACUAGAAUUCAUCAAGACCUGCUCAACUCAAAGACACCAAUUCUGCCUCAGAAAGACCCUGAUCUGGUAGAUUAUUGCUGCCAAGACUAUGUGUUCUUCCCUGGGCAGCCUUGGCUGGGAAAAUGGUGUUGUGCUCGUGGGCCUUUGCUCUGACUCCUGUAGAGGCUGUUCAAAUAUUUUGUGAGCUAUGGGACCAGUGUGGGGAAGGAGGACAGCUGUGCUUGGCAUGACCAGUAUGUGUGGAGGCAGCAGCAGCACAGUAGAUUCUGAGUAGGAAUGGCUGCAUAGGUUCUCUGUUUAUGGAAAUCCUGUAUUUUAAAUGGGGCACUUGGGGGUUUGAAUGACCAGGAAGUCAUAUGGAUGCAAGAAUGAUCAUAACAGAUCAUUCCAAAGGACUAGUUAGCCCAGCAUCCCAUUCUGACAAGACAAAAAGCCGGGUCUGGAGAAGACCAUAAAGACAGGGCAAACCCAGGAUAUUGCUUGCCCAAAAUGCUCUCCCAGCUUCCAAUGUGCUAUUGCUUAGGAGCUUCCCAAGUGGGAAGUGGUGCCUGUAUUUAGCAGCCCUGUGUGGAUUUCUUAAUGAAAUAACCCAUUUGCACCUUGAAUAUUUGUCAGCUUUCAUCAUUUGUGAUCCUGCAGCAGGGAGCUGCACAGUUUAAUGAGAGGAGGGCUGCAGAGAUCAGGCUGGAGGAGAGGGAGGGGUUGUGACAUGGCCAAGGCUCCCCUGGGCCACCAGCAGCCCUCUGCAUGUCAGGGCUGUGGGAUGGUUGUGUUAGGUUAAGUGAUGGCAUGUGGAGUCAUGAGGGAGCUGGAGAGAAGAGCCAGAGUGCUGUACAGUCCAUGUGUGAGGUGUCCUGGUUGCUCUGGGGAGCUGAUGUGCAGCUGGCAGCCCCUUUGUGACCUCCAAUAGGAUGAUGUCAAAUUUCAUUCCUUGAUGAGAGGUAAACAAUCGCUCUGUCUUCAUGUGGGUCCUCCUUGAGUGCUCCAACAAUUUACUGUGGUGAGCAGCUCCUUCUACAUCAAGGAAUUACAUCAGUGUGAUUUUGACAGAGCUCGUCUACUGACUAAGAGGGGCAGCAGCAGGAUGGGAGAAAGAUGUUUCUGUGGGCCUGGGAAGGUGUGGGUUCAAGUCUUCAGUACAGCCUCUGUGUCCUGGGCAAAUCAAUGAAUUGUGCUAUUGCUCAACUCCCUGCCUGUGCUAGAGGGAAAGUACCUGCUUCCAGCUCCUCUUAUGGCUGCCUUAAAGAUGAACACAUUGCCAGACAACAGGGUUGAUAUUAAUACACCUGAGUCUGGAGAUUGCUUGAAGGUGGAUGAGUCUGUGUGGUUUGAUCUCUCCAUGGUCCUUCGGAGCUCAUUUUCGUGGCUGAGCUUUGCCUCCAGUACCAGCUGUCCUUUGGCACCCAGGAGCUGCUGUGCUGAACAAAAAGCUCCCACAAUUUUUGCCUUCCAGUGAUUGCUGUAGCAAUUAAAAGGAAUUGCUCACUGAUGUAGGUUUGUUUCCCGGGUUGCUGGCUCGCCAGCCUUUUGGAAUAGCACACAACAAGCUGGAAGUCUUUUAGAGGCAUUGCCCAAGUGAGUGUGGUUACUGCAGCACUUUUCUUUGAGCACUUGGAGCCAAAAAAAGUUGUAAAAUCAAGUGGUAACCAUACAACUCCUGCCUCUACUUGCCAAAGGCUUGAAAACCAAGUCUGGAGUGUGAGCACUGGAAUGACUCCUUGCCAGAGCUGCGCCAGGGAGUGCUAACAGAGCUGGAUAACACCAUGGCAGAUCACAUACAAGUCGAAGGCAAAGGCCCUUGGGCAGGAAUGGGGGCAAAAGCAGGACUUUGAGGGCCAGCUAGGGUUUAGUGUGGUUCACUCUUGUUUUGUGGCAUCGCAGCCAGCACUAUACAGAGAACCUUGAUUCAGCCCCGGGACCUGGAGCAUCCUGUGCUGCACGUGCAGUCUGCUGCUGAGCAGAAAAGCUGGUGUUGCUCUGGGACAUGAUGCCCUUGGGACCCAAGAGGUGACAACCAGCAGAGGUGGCACCUGGGCAAGCAGAGGCGUAGGAUCAGUGGGAUCCUGCUUUAGUGCAGGAGUUGAACUAGGUGAUCUCUAGAGGUCCCUUCCAACUCUGUGAGAUGCUGAUCCCCUGGCUUGGUGGGACCCUACACCAAGCUGUGACCCCAGCCACCUGUCUGCACAGCAAGGUGGGCAUGGGAAUGUCUGCUGCCUUCCAAAGCAAGAACCCCCUGCUCUUGCCUUUUUCUGUCUUUUGGGAUCCCCAUGUCUGUCUGUCUGUCCACCUCCAUGACCGGCCGUGACUUACGUUGUGAAUCUUGUGCCUCCUUGUGUAGCAGGAGACAAGGGAGAGUUUCUUGUCCUCCAAGUCAGUGUUUCUGGUGUGAGUCUUUUUUAAAAUUACUAUUUACAUGUGUACAAUGUGGAAUUUGGAAAAGACAGACUCAUUAAAAUAAUUGC